CCUCCGUCAUUCACCACCGCCCGCCCGCCAUGCGCUUGCUUGGUGUGCCUCUUUUUGCUACCUUCUUGCAGUUAGUCUGUGGCAGCGACAUUCCGAAUGCGCUUGACUGCCAUGACCCGGAGGAGACGGGCAACGUGAAGGAGUGUGCGCAACCCGUCGCCGACGUCACGGCAGUAGUUCCUGGAUCGUCGUAUAUUGCGAAGAUCAAAUGCAUUGACUGCCCUUUUGCCCUCCCGGAACAGGAGAAGGUCGAAAAGGCGGACUACCUGCUGUUGUUAAAUGUCACCCUCACUCACGACAAUCGCACCGUUUUGCUCAACAACCGCCCGCUAUACCCUUUACCAACCAUACCUACACCCUCGCGCUUCGACACCGCCCUGUACACCACCAACCUUUCUAACGCAGAGCUGUCCCGCGGCCUGAAAAGCCCAAACCCUUAUUGCAACACUCAGGCUCGUGACUUCGACUCUGCUGAAUGGUGCUUAAAGACUCCGCUUUGGCCGCAAAUACGCCUGGAAUUUGAUUAUCUAUACAUUGCCGAAUCAACCCAGCAUCAAAGCGACGACGAGCAAGACGAUGCCGAAUAUUGGAAUGUUUCACUAGAUGCUAUUGGAAGGUCGAGGUAUCCCGAUGAUCCACUCUGGAAGUAUGAUGAUCCCAAGCAAAAGAUGCUCUGGAUGCUGGUCAAGGGAAUCCCGCUGAAAACGAGAAAGAGCCAUGGCGGUGGAGGGAACAAGGCUGCUGAUCCAUUUAAUGGACAGUCAGAUUCUGAAGACAGGAGAUACGAAUACCAAAUAGUCGACAUGCGGCUCGUAGCUCGAGCACAUACCUUUCCAGAAAACAAACCGUUGUCGCUAUGGGGAAGAAUCGGCCAUUUCCUCGGAAAUGACGUCUGGCAAGUAGAGGGAAGCCGCUUCUUAUAUCGCAAAGAAGAGUGGGGUCGCUACGGGAAGACAGGCACCCUGCGUGAUAUGUUUGGUGAACUUGUGCACUGGCAGUUCUGGGGCUUGUUCUGGGUCAUCUUCUUCAGCGUUGUUGCUGGCCUUCUUGCGCUUUUUGGUCUCUUCAAACUUUUCAGGUGGAUUAGGGCACAACGCGAACUUAUGAAGUGGGACGGCAUGGAGGACGUGUGGGAGAACAUGAGAAGAGAAAGGAUGGCCGAAGAGGAGGGUGCUCUAUUGCAUGGAGAAGCCAGGUACACCGACGAUCCAGAAGAAGGCGGCAGUUCAUCACGACCACCAGCCUAUGAGGAGGCGAUGAAGCCUUUGCCAAGCAAACCCCUCCCCGAGAAGCCAUUACCUGAAGUUCCUCUCAUUGAGACAUGAGGGCGAUAACGUUAUAGUGAAAUCUUUCUUCAUUUACAUUGGCAUAUACCCACUUGGCAUUUGACAUGUCAGCUUUUGUUCAUUUCUGUUCCAUCACUAGUCAUUGCAUCCUGUUUUUAUCUAUAGAAGUUGCGAUGCGCAUCCUUAGAGAUAGCUGUAGAUAUCCUCCAAUCAGCCUUACCCACACUGCAC